GAGGAGCUGGCGUCGCGAUGUGAUGACGUCAGUCCCUGGCCUGGCCUGAUGUGGCGCGCUGGGCGUUCGCGGCUGUUCGGCGUGUAGGUCCCAGCCGUUCAGCUGAGGUAGGGACUUGGUGUGGGCCGGAAUGUUACAGGCUGUUGGAGUUGUGGAUGAGGAAGAGGAUCCUGCGGAGGAGGAUUGUCCUGAAUUGGUUCCCAUUGAGACGAAGCAAAGCGAGGAGGAGGAAAAGUCUGGGCUUGGCGCCAAGAUCCCAGUCACAAUUAUCACCGGGUAUUUAGGUGCUGGGAAGACAACACUUCUGAACUAUAUUUUGACGGAGCAACAUAGUAAAAGAGUAGCAGUCAUUUUAAAUGAAUUUGGGGAAGGAAGUGCGCUGGAGAAAUCCUUAGCUGUCAGCCAAGGUGGAGAGCUCUAUGAAGAGUGGCUGGAACUUAGAAACGGUUGCCUCUGCUGUUCAGUGAAGGACAAUGGCCUGAAAGCUAUUGAGAAUUUGAUGCAGAAGAAGGGGAAAUUUGAUUACAUACUGUUAGAGACCACUGGAUUAGCAGAUCCUGGUGCAGUGGCUUCUAUGUUUUGGGUUAAUGCUGAAUUAGGGAGUGAUAUUUAUCUUGAUGGUAUCAUAACUAUUGUGGAUUCAAAAUAUGGAUUAAAAAGUAUUGUUACAGUCACAUUUGAAGUACCAGGAAAUGCAAAGGAAGAACAACUUAAUGUAUUUAUUCAGAAUCUCCUGUGGGAAAAGACUGUGAGAAACAAGGACAAUCACUGCAUGGAGGUCAUAAGGCUAAAGGGAUUGGUGUCAAUCAAAGACAAACCACAACAAGUGAUUGUCCAGGGUGUCCAUGAGCUUUAUGAUCUGGAAGAGACUCCAGUGAACUGGAAGGAUGACACUGAGAGAACAAAUCGAUUGGUCCUCAUUGGCAGGAAUUUAGAUAAGGAUAUCCUUAAACAGCUAUUUAUAGCUACCGUGACAGAAGCAGAAAAGCAGUGGACAACACUUUUCAAAGAAGAUCAAGUUUGUACAUAACACUCGAAGCAUUUCUUAUCAAAAGGAUUGGAAAAUAAAAAGUUUCUACUGGGUA